CAUAUCUUUUUGUUAAAGGAAAUUCUCAAAAAUUCAUUUUUUUUAUUUUUACAAGGAAAAGAAAAACUCCUCAAUAUUGAUCGUGUUCCUGCUGCUUGCCAGAGACUAAACCUGCGCGUGCGCAAGAUAUAUGCUUGACAGCAGGUGACACAGUUUGGUAAAGAGGCCAGGGCAGGACUGACUGGGCAAACAUAUGAAGCCUGCAGGUACUCACAAUAAAUCAUGCAUGUGCACCAAGAAGGAUUUCUUAAAGGCCUACUGGGCACGAGGCCAGGGGGUCAGGGGGCCAAUGUUUGAAGUGACUGUUUUAUUGGAAAGUCAAUCAAACAACUAUCAAAAGAUGCAAAACCACUUCAAAACACUACAUAGGAAUGCAAAUUGACUACAAAGAUACAUGGCUGCAUCUUUUGUAGUCGUUUUGUGUCCCUUUGUGUCUGGUUCAGUCUUGCUGUCUUGUCUUCUUAUAACCAGUACAUGUAUAUGUGUCCAUUCAUGUUUGUGCUGUCUUGUGUAUGCACCUACAAGCGGACUAUAGUGAAUAACUCUACAUUUAAGAGUAAAUACUGAAGGACAGAUGCCACUCGCCUGAUUCCUCCACUGGAACACUUUACCAGAAAUGCUCCAUGACAGUCCUGUAUGACAAUCACUCCCCUAUCUCCCUCCCUCCCUCCUCUCAGCGCAGGAACAAAAAGACAUCUGAGCUAUGUGGAAGAAAAAUCACAGCACUUUGCAUAGCGGCCAGCGCGCUCCGGUUUCACAAAGUCUCUGACAGGCGGAGCGGCGCGCUGUUUUUACGCAUAGCCUCCAGUCCUGCGAGGCAUUGAAGACAUUGCUUAGUAGCUGUGUAGUAGACUCCUGAGAAGACACCAGAGCGUCUCACUCCCCGAUAACUGGAUACCUGUGUCCAAAGGUGUCGAGACUCUGCAAGAAGCCGUGACAGGAGACCGGCCAGAGAAAAGGGGAUUUUGGCCGCGUAAAAAACGAGGAGGAGGCGCCUCUCGCGUUGAAGCAGAGCCGCUUUAGAUGGAUACUUCAUGUUUGCUUCAGCCCCAGUGGAGACAGCCUGCUCUGAACACUUGCAAGCCGUGACAGUAAGGCGUAAAAGAUGACACACCGCAGCGUAUGGAUUGCCAAAAACAUGAACUGCAGCCAGCGUGGAAGAAGCGGCUCCUCUGUCAUCUCCGGUGCGCACUUGGAGCAGAAUGCGCACAUGGCAGCUGGUGGGACCAGAUGGAGGGUUCGGAGGAAGGAUAGACAGGAGAUUACUUAUGUAAUGUCAGCAAAGGCCAAGGUGCUGCUGUGGGUGCUCUUCUCUCUGCUGCCUCUAGUGGAAGGAGCUCAUAUGAAAGCUGGUACUGCUGGUGUGGGAUCAGACUCGGGGCAUGCUGUGGGCGUGCUGGGAGGUCAAGAGGAGCGAGAGCUUCCUGUAACGCUGCCAGAGGUGGUGGAGGACGAGGAGCAGGAAAGCGACAGUGACCCUUACUCUACUUGGCAUGCUCUAUAUGACCCCUUUGUAAUAGAUGAAGUGGAUGACCAUGACAAUAGUCGCUGGGCGGGGCGCUCUCCACGGUCCUCUGACCCCUCGGAACCUCAACCCAGCGGAUCACCAAAGAAAAAGAAGAAGAGGAAGAAGAAAGAAAAGGAGGAAGCAACUGGAAAAGGAGAUAGAAAGCGUAAAGGUAGAAACAGGCAGCUGAAGCAGAGCAGCACAGACUGCCGUGUGGACAAGAGAGAGAUGAGGGUUCGUGACCUGGGCCUGGGGUUUGACUCGGAUGAGAUUGUCCUCUUCAAGUUUUGCGUGGGCUCCUGCCAGUCUUCAAGAACAAACUACGACCUGGCACUGAAGGCGCUGCUGGAGAAGGGCUCGGUGCCCCAGCGCAAUGUCAGCAGACAGCCCUGCUGCAGGCCCGACCGUUACGAGCCAGUUUCCUUCAUGGACGCCCAGACCACAUGGAGGACCAUCCAGUCGUUAUCAGCUGCCAGCUGCAUGUGUAUGGGCUGAAGAAAUGAACGAGGAAGAAGGUGACGAGGAGGGGUGUCACCCAUCCUGAACAGAGAGAAGUCAAGGGGCCCAGGGUGGAUGCUGUGUGAAGAAGGCCUGGGUACAGGGAGGCGCCACAGGGGGGCGCUGUAACACACACACACACACACACACACACACAAGCUGCAUGAGAAAGGAUGGAGGCCACUUGUUGGCUUCCUGUGAUGUAUUUCCUGUUGAGGAGGAAGAGGUCUGGGCACAGCUGGAUGACGGAGGUCAAAGGUCAAAAUCAAAGACUGAGGGGGAAGUCUUCAGGGAUUCACUGUGUGGAUUUAUUGUUACAUCUUCCAAGAGUGAAUUGUUUUCACCUGAAUAACUGGUAACCGAUGCAGUUAUUACACAUAAAAGAGACUGUAUGUGGACAUGACUGUUUUAUAUGGAUGAGACCUGAAGGCUCAAGCUUAACAGAUAUAAAGAAAAGCCAUAAAUAAAGGACUUGGCACCGCGUUUAUAUUCAGAUUCAGACUGAAACAAAGACUAAUAUGAUGAUCACUACUCACAGUGAAGAUGGCUCAUCCCAAAAGCAUCAUCAUUUUUUUCACAUUAAAACAACAUUUUACCACUUCUAUGUUCAGGUGAACUCAACCAAAUGGAUGCCAUGCAUCUUCAUGUAUUACUGUAUAAGAGUAAAAUAUAUUUAUUUCUGAUAAAUUAUUUAUUUAUUAUAGCUUGAUAUGAGAGCUGUUUUUAUUAACUCUAUAUUGUAGAUAAAUAUCUAUUUAUUGCCAAGAUAAUUUUGACAGUUACUUCUGCUCACAUACAAGUACGUGGAUUUUUUAUUUUUUAUUUUCAAGGUGCUGAUUUUCACAUUUAUGCAAGGCCUAGUAAACCUGGGCUUUGAUUCUGGGCAGAAUUUGUUUGAAUGCAAUAAACAUUUCUGAAAUUAGUGCUUUUAUAAAACAAAAACACUAACACAACAGCUCAGAUUAUGUGUUACAUUUCAUCCCAAAAAAUCCUAAUAUAGAUAUCAGAAAUGAAUUGACCUACAUUGAAAUGAUGUGGUAAACUUAAUAUAUGUUCUUUCUCAAGAGCACCUGGCAUAAUUGAGUCUGACAGCUGAUCUCUAGUUUUGUGUUUAAUUCUGGGGAAAGUCAGUCUCAGUGUCCAGAUUGUGGGUACAGAAACAACAAAUCAAACGUUUAUACUACAAGACCUCAACAUUUCUCAUGUGGUUGAGUAUUUCCAUUCAGUUACACACUUCCACUAUGUCACAUUAUUAAUAUUAUUAUUUUAUAAAGUUAUCUUUAUUUUUGUAUGGCAUUAUCUUCCAAGGGAAUAAAGUUUUUAAUAUACA